AUGGGGGAUAUCCAUUUCCAAGUAUCCAGUGCCUGGUUAAAAGUCUCCUCAAUGCUCUUCAUCAAUAUUUACUACACCGCCCAUGAAAGUACCUACACUCUGUACUGUUUGUUUGCCACCUCAAAUACACCGAUGAUUGAUCGAGUUUACUUGGUAACUCUCAAGAAACUGGGAACCUGCUUCCAUCCCCUCUUUGCGGUGUUGCUAAUGGGAAUCGCCAACGAUCGAUUAAAACACUUUGAGGUCCAGCUCUCCACAAAUAUCUUCCUAGUCGAGCUUCUUCAUACGCCACAGGAUCAUUUAAUCGUUCAAAAAUUCGCUCGACUUAUCAGCUGCAAGCAUCAAAGUUUUAUGCUGCAACAGCACUCGCUUCCCUUUCGAAAUUUCAUCUGGAACAGAGGAUCCAUUUGCGAUCGAGUUCUGGUCUUCGAAAUCUUUGUGUAUCUCAUCAUCAAUGCCACUACAUUUCUGCAGUUUCUGAUAAGUAAGAAGAACAGCUUUUGUGAAGAAGAACUUUAA